CAGAGCAAUACAACAACGACUCGCCACUACAGAUUCCGAGUUAGUAAUCACCUUCAACCCGGCAAUAGCCUCCCAGGACGUGAGCGGCGCGACGGCGUCAUCGUCGAGGAGGUUCUGGCGGAAUGAGAGCUUGCGGAGAUGGGGGAGUUGGCCGAUGCGAGGAUCAACAGAAGAGAGGCGGUUGGCGGUGAGGUCGACCUCCUCCAGCGUGGGUGGGAUCUCCACCUCGCUUAGAUCGUGCAGCUGGUAGCUCGUCAGGUCGAGGUACAGCACCGGCUCCUCCGUCUCCAUCUUGGCCUCCGCCUCCACCUUGGCCUCCCCCUCUAUCUUGGCCACUGCCUCGCCGCCAGCCGCCUCGUACAGCUGAUCAACUACACCUUCGCCGGAGGCCAUGGGGACCGCUGGGUGAGGGUGGAUUCAGGUCUCGACAGGAUUCUGGAAGAACGGGGAAGCGAAGGAAGGACCGCAGGAGAAGAAAAUGCGCAAUUUGUUUCACCUGGGGAAAGAAGAAAGGCAAUUUUAGUAGGCUGGACAUGAAUAGUAUGUGGGCCAAUUAAAUGGGCUGGCAAUACUACCAUUAAGGCCCAUCUAUGUCUUUUUUCCCAAAUGGCAAGGUUCAAAACCCUAAAAACCCGCACGGCCUCACCGCCCCUCCGGCCUCCGCCGCGUGCUCGUCCCAACCCUGUCGCCGGCAAGCCAUGGCGUCGCGCUUCCGCUCCUUCACUCGCCCGGCCGCCGCCGCCUUCCUCCGGUCCACUGCCAGCCGAAGCCCCUCCGCUUCCCUUCCCCGCACCCUCGCUCCUGUCCCUAGGGCUUCGGCCAUGGGGCGGCGCAUGGCUCUGGCGCGGUCUCUGCAACCGCUGCACAGCGCCGUCUCGGCGGCCCGGCUGACGUCGCGGCUGGGGGCGGAGGUGGACCGGGCCGUGUCGCAGGGUACGCUCUGCAGUUCCUACCCGGGAGUCUGAGUCUGAUACAGUGUACUAAUCUUUGCAACGCUACAAGACAGGUCUCAGUGUCCCUCGAUAAUGAAAGGAACUGCUCCAGAUGGCAGCAACAUCAGCAGCAGAUAGUUGUAAGACUUGGUCAUCAUAAUAAUCAUUCUUGUUCAAUGGUUACGUUGUUUAUUUAGUGGCACUUUUUGCUAUGCGCUUACCAUAAUACAUUCCUGGUAACGGCUUUUCUUUUGAAUUCUAUGUGUGGUCAAGGUUUUAAAGAGCAUAGUCAUGUUCAUGUACGCCUGUCUCCAUUUAUAUAUGUGGAGAUAUGGGCAUCAGUUCAAAGCUGGGAUCAAAUUUCUGGGUAGCAUCCCGGCAAAAUGUGACAUUUUGUUGCAAAUGUUGUUUCAUUACGUUUAAAGUGUUUUUUUCUCUUGAAAUAUAGCGAAGAUUGAAUUGAA